AUGUGCUCGCGUGCCAUCGCUCUCUCCUGGUGUGGCUCCUCCUUAUCUCCCAUCUCAUCUGCUGCAGCAUCUGUGCAGCUAGAGAGCACCGGUCGCCUCGUGUGCACUUUCCACUCAGUCAACGGGGUUCAAACAUUACGCAGAUGGCAAAAGUGUGUCAAGGAGCAGAGCGUGAGCGUGAUAACCUUACACGUCCAGGGAGCGCCAUAUUCACGGAGCAUGAUCACUCCCCAUUACGGAGGCAAAACUCCCAAACCUCUGCAGCUGCUACAAGGUCUGGAUCUGACAAGUCCAGCUCUGAACAACACCAACGCUAUUGAUCUGAGCCAGUCUUCGCGCUGA